AUGGGGUCAUCAGGAGUAGCUGGGAUUACAGGUGCCCACCACCAUGCCUGGCUAAUUUUUGUAUUUUUAGUAGAGACAGGGUUUCACCAUGUUGGCCAGGCUGGUCUUGAACUCCUGACCUCAAGUGAUCCACCUGCCUUGGCCUCCCAAAGUGCUGGGAUUACAGGUAGUCUAAGGCAGGAGAAUCCCUUGAGUCCAGGAGCUCUUGCUCAGCUGCUCCUGGGUCUGUCCUGCUCCCUGGAAUUUUUGUCAUGCAGAAAUUUCUCGGCCCGGAGCUCAUUUCUGCCCACUUAA